AUGCAUUUCCACGCCCUCGCCCUCGCUUUCGUCCUUUCGGCCACGGGCCUCGCGCAAAAGGUUGACCACGACGACGUGCCAGUGGCCUGUCUGGACAUCUGCCUGCCCGUCAUUACCUUGACGCAAACCUGCCACCGGAACAUCAUCGGCAACGACGCCGCCGAGCGCGACUGCAUCUGCAGAGACCAAAACGCCCGCACGACUAUCCCGCUGUGCGCCGCAUGCGUGGCGGCAAACGGCGGCGAACCAGACCGCGACCGCGACCGAGACGGCCGUGACGACCGCGACGAUCGUGACCGUGAUGACCGCGAUGACCGAGACGACCGUGACGGAGACGGCAGACGAGACGACGACGUCGACGAACUCAUGUGGCACUGCACCUUCAGCUCAACCACCUACGCCGCCUCGGCAAUCCCCCGCCCAACAGGCCCCCUCGGCACCCGUCCCCUCCCCACAGGUCCGCUUCCCACAGGCCCCGUCCAGGACCCGCAGCCAAACGGAAACAACAACAACAACAACAACCGGCCUCGUCCGACCGAUCCAGCCACAGGCCUCCCCAUCGAACAGAGCCAGGGUGAUCGUCGCCCGCUGCCGAAUGCUGCUGCUGCUGCUGGUGUGCAGACGAUGGCGUGGGCGGCGGUUGCGGGCGCGGUUGUGGGGUUUGCGGCCGUUUUGCUAUAG